AUGUAUGUUGUGACUAUUAGUGAUGAGGGUGACUGUUACCGGUAUUUCCCGCCCGAACCGGCCAUUGGUACUGCUGCUCUAGGUGCUGGUGAGGCUGCUGCUCUAGGUGCCAGUGCGUCUGCGCCCUCAGGUGCUGGUGAGUCUGCGCUCUCAGGUACCACGUCGGCUUCGGCCUCCCUCACCUUCACACUUGACUCAGGGGCUUCUCGCUCCUUCUUUCGAGACCGCACCACACUCACGCCGCUUGGUCGGCCGGUUGCAGUCUCCCUCGCGGACCCCUCUAGGGGUCCUGUCCUCUCUCACUUCUCCACUGUCCUCCCGUGUCCGGCUGCCCCCUCUGGCACCUUGUCUGGUCUUUACCUCCCCUCGUUCUCGACGAACUUGGUGAGUGGUGCUGACCUGCAGGAUACGAGGUUUCACCAGUUCACUCCUGCGAGUCAGCGGGUGACCCACUGCUCGGACGCUCGCACGGGCCGGCACCUGGCCACCUUUACGCGUCGGCCGGGGUCGAGCCUCUACACCCUGACCACUGGGUCCCCUCCUGUCCCUGCUUCUGGCCAAGUAGCUGCGUCGGGUCAGGUGUUUGCUGCAGCGUCCAGGCCUGGUCCUUCCUGUGUCCCCUGUACGCUUCACAUGGACGUGUGGGGCCCAGCCCGCGUCCGUGGACAGGGUCUCGAGCGCUACUUCCUGCUGGUGGUUGACGACUACUCGCGUUACACCACAGUCUUCCCCUUGCGCAGCAAGGGUGAUGUCACUGAGGUGUUGUUCGACUGGAUCCGCGCAGCUCGUCUUCAGCUCAGGCGGAGCUUCGGCUCGGACUUUCCUGUUCUGCGUCUGCACUCUGACCGAGGCGGAGAGUUCUCCUCUGGCCUUCUGCGAGCCUACUGUCGUGCGCGAGGCAUCCGCCAGACCUUUACGCUUCCGGACUCUCCACAGCAAAAUGGGAUUGCUGAGCGCCGCAUUGGCAUGGUCAUGGACGUCGCUCGUACGUCCAUGAUGCAUGCGGCUGCCCCCCAUUUUCUGUGGCCGUUUGCGGUUCGGUACGCGGCACAUCAGAUCAACCUUCACCCCAGGGUCUCCACGCUGGAGACCUCCCCAGACUUGCUGUGGACGGGGAAGGUCGGCGAUGCGUCUGCGUUCCGUGUCUGGGGAUCUCGGGCGUUUGUCCGCGACUUGUCUGCGGACAAGCUGUCCCCUCGUGCUGCUCCCUGUGUCUUCCUAGGCUUCCCCCCUGACGCCCCUGGGUGGGAGUUCUACCACCCCACCUCUCGUCGUGUUCUGUCCUCCGAGGACGUCACGUUUGACGAGUCAGUCCCCUACUACCGCCUCUUCCCCUACCGCACUCCUUCCCUCCCCCCGCCACCGCACUUCCUUGUGCCAGGUCCCCCCCCGGUAGACCCCCUCCCCCCUCAGGGUCCUGCCCCUUCAGGUGUGUCCCAGGUAGACGCAGUCGAGCCGGUCGAGGUUGCUGGUGACUCUGGUACUGCUGCGGGUGCUGAGCCUGGGGGUGCUGACUCUGGGGGUGCUGCGCUUGGGGGUGCUGAUUCUGGGGGUGCUGCGACAGGGGGUGCUGAGCCUGGGGGUACUGCGACUGGGGGUGCUGAGCCCGGGGGUGCUACGAUUGGGGGUGCUGAGCCUAGGGGUGCUACGUCAGGAGCUGCUGAGCCUGGGGGUGCUGCGUCUAGAGCUACUGAGAUUGGUGGUGCGGAGCCAGCGCCCGCUAGACGUGCUCGUGUGGCGUCUGGCGGUGCUCGGCCUCGAGGUUCUCCAGGUGCUUCGUCUCGGCGGGAGCCACUCUCUCCACAGGAGCUGCGCGAGUGGUUAGCCCGCCGCUGGAGGCGUACUGCUGGAGCUGGAGCUUCUUUGGCUGCUGAGGGUGCUAGUGCCGCAAGUCCCGGAGGUGCUCGUCCAGGGAGUGCUGGAGCUGCUGGGCCUGCGGGAACGACUGGAGCUGGAGCUGCUGAGGGUGUUGGCGCUGAGGCUACUGCAUCAAAGUCACAGUUACCGCCCGCCUCCCCACUGCCUGCUCCCUCUCCUUACACUGGUCCUACUAGAGGUCUUGCUGAGCGUCGUGAGCCUGCGUCUCGCCCUGCGUUGCCUGUUCGUAGUGCUCGCGCUAGUGGUCGCGGUUCGCGUCAGCGUCCUCCUCCUGUCCCUAGCACGCACCGGAUGUCUCUGCGUCCGUCCACUGCUCCUCUGCGUGCCCCUUUGCCUUCUCCUCCUACGUCCUCUCUUCCUGCACUUGCCUACCCGGAGCCGGACUCUCUUCGUGCUGCCAGUCCUACCGUCACCCGUCUCCUUACUACUGUCGUCACUGGCCCCUCUUUCGAGUCCAGUGCUGCGUCUGCUCUUGUUGCUGAGCUCGUCGACUUUGCUGCUCGCUGUCGUCUAGACUACGCUGCUAUUCUUGUUGCUGAGUGUGCGUCUGUCUGUCCUCCGUCCAUCGGGGGUGAGUGUGCUCUUGGCACGGACGUCCUUGAGGACAGGCAGGAGGAGUUCCCGUGUCUGGCUGCUGGUUCACCUCAUCUCGCGUCCGUACUGCUUACCCCUGAGGGAGACCCGAAUGCACUAGACAUCCCGACUCCGCGCUCUUACGCGGAGGCCGUAGAGGGUCCCUACUCCUCUCAGUGGCAGGCAGCUAUGGAUGCAGAGAUGGCUUCCUGGAAGUCCACUGGCACCUACGUUCACGCGGUUCCUCCUCCUGGGGCGAACAUCGUCAGUGGCAUGUGGAUCUUCAAAGUAAAGCGGCCACCGGGCUCUCCCCCUGACUUCAAGGCGCGGUACGUGGCUCGUGGCUUCAGUCAGCGGCAGGGAGUUGACUACUUUCAGACCUUCUCUCGCACCCCGAAGAUGACCACUCUUCGGGUGCUGCUACACAUAGCCGCUCAGCGUGACUACGAGCUUCACUCCCUUGACUUCAGCACAGCUUUCCUGCAGGGUAGCCUGCACGAGGAGAUCUGGCUGCGCCGUGCACGUGGCUUCACUGGGACUUUCCAACCUGGCACCCAGUGGAGCCUCCGACGGCCAAUCUACAGUCUCCGCCAGGCACCGCGCGAGUGGCAUGACACACUGAGGACUACGCUUGCGGCUCUUGGGUUUGCUCACUCUACUACUGACCCGUCGUUGUUUCUGCGCACCGACACCUCUCUGCCGCCGCUCUACAUCCUCGUGUACGUCGACGACUUGGUCUUUGCCACAGCUGACACUACUGGACUCGCCCACGUGAAGUCCGAGCUACAGAAGAGACACACGUGCACAGACCUGGCUUUGCCUUCGGAUGAGUCCGUAGAGUCGAGUGGCCCGUACCCAGAGCUUGUUGGCUGCCUCAUGUACCUGAUGACCUGCACACGACCUGACCUUGCAUACCCUCUUAGCAUUCUUGCACGCUAUGUUGCUCCUGGGAGACACAGACCAGAGCACAUGGCUGCAGCGAAGAGGGUGUUGCGCUACUUGUGCAGUACGUCGGGCAUGGGGCUAGUGCUUGGAGGGCGGAGUCCAGUGGUCCUCACUAGGCACGCGGACGCUUCUUGGGCUGACGACCAGGCUACGCAGCGGUCGUCACAGGGUUACACCUUCAGCCUUGGUUCCGGCUCUGUUUCGUGGCGGGCUACUCGCUCGUCUUCUGUUCUCGGCUCCAGUUGUGAGGCUGAGAUCUACGCCGGGGCCAUGGCUGCACAGGAGCUUCGCUGGCUCACCUACCUGCUGACUGACCUAGGAGAGCCGCCUCGUUCUCCUCCAGUGCUGUACGUAGACAACAAGGCCAUGCUGGCCUUGUGUCGGGAGCAGCGCCUGGAGCACAGAACGAAGCACAUUGCUCUCCGCUACUUUCUUGCUCGUGAGUUGCAGCAGCGUGGUCAGUUGCGACUUGCGUACGUGGCCUCUGAGGCCAACACUGCUGAUGUUUUCACCAAGGCACUUACGCCAACAGCACGUUGGACUGCCCGUGCACGCACACAGGAGGUGGGGGGGGGUGGGAAGGAACGGUGA